CUCCACCUGUGAGUUUCGCGUAGAUUUCGUACAUCGUCCGCGCAUUUUCUCUCUCUUCAAAAAAAAGAAAAGAAAAGAAUUCAAACAUCUUCAUUUGAAACCGCCGUAGAUCAUCAGAUGGCCGACGAUAUGCUAUCAACGCCGCCGCAAGCAUCUUCUUCUCCUCCUCGAACCGCUCCGCUCGGAUCUUCACUCAUCCCGAUUGCGAAUAAGCUACAGGAUAUUUUCGCUCAGCUCGGAAGUCAAUCCACUAUCGAACUCCCUCAAGUGGCCGUCGUCGGCAGCCAAAGCAGCGGCAAGUCCAGCGUACUUGAAGCCCUAGUCGGUAGGGAUUUCCUUCCGAGAGGUUCUGGCAUCUGUACCAGACGUCCGCUAGUUCUUCAGCUCUUGCAGACGAAGAGUAAGCAGGACGGUACUGAAGAGGAGUACGGUGAAUUCUUACAUUUACCUGGAAAGAGAUUCACCGAUUUCAAUGAAAUUAGGAGUGAAAUACAGGCUGAGACAGAGAGGGGGGCAGGUGGGAAUAAAGGUGUUUCUGACAAGCAGAUCCGUCUGAAGAUAUUUUCUCCAAACGUUCUUGAUAUCACUCUGGUGGAUUUACCUGGGAUAACAAAGGUUCCAGUUGGUGAUCAACCUUCUAAUAUUGAAGCUCUUAUUAGAACAAUGAUAAUGUCAUAUAUCAAAUGUCCCACCUGUUUGAUAUUAGCAGUAACACCUGCAAAUGCCGAUUUAGCGAAUUCAGAUGCUCUGCAGAUAGCUGGAAAUGCUGAUCCAAAUGGUGAACGAACCAUUGGUGUAAUCACUAAGUUGGAUAUCAUGGACAGAGGUACAGAUGCCCGCAAUUUUUUGCUGGGAAAAGUAAUCCCUUUGCGGCUUGGUUAUGUAGGGGUUGUCAACCGCAGUCAACAGGAUAUUAUUCAGAACCACAGUAUAAAGGAUGCCCUCGUGGCCGAGGAAAAGUUUUUCCGCAGUCAACAGGUCUAUAGUGACAUUGCUGAUCGUUGUGGUGUUCCCCAGCUUGCAAAGAAGUUGAACCAGGUACUUAUUCAACAAAUCAAGAGAGUACUUCCAGAGUUGAGAUCCCGCAUUAGUGCAGAACUAGUUUCUGUUGCAAAGGAGCAUGCCAGUUAUGGAGAGAUCACGGAAUCAAAGGCUGGCCAGGGAGCUCUUCUUCUGAAUUUUCUAUCGAAGUACUGUGAAGCUUUUUCUUCAAUGAUAGAAGGGAAAAAUGAAGAAAUGUCAACUACUGAGCUGUCUGGAGGAGCACGUAUCCAUUAUAUUUUCCAGUCCAUAUUUGUGAAAAGCUUGGAGGAGGUAGAUCCUUGUGAGGAUUUAACUGACGAUGACAUCAGAACAGCAAUUCAAAAUGCAACUGGCCCCCGAUCUGCAUUAUUUGUACCAGAGGUUCCAUUUGGAGUGCUUGUUCGGAGGCAAAUAGCUCGUCUAUUGGACCCAAGUCUUCAGUGUGCUCGGUUCAUUUACGAUGAGUUAGUUAAGAUGAGCCAUCGUUGCAUGAUAAAUGAAUUGCAGCGGUUUCCUGUUCUUAGGAGACGUAUGGAUGAGGUCAUAGGAGACUUUUUGCGAGAAGGCCUUGAACCCUCAAAGACAAUGAUUAGACGCCUUAUUGAAAUGGAGAUGGAUUACAUAAAUACUUCACACCCUAAUUUUGUGGGUGGGAGUAAAGCUGUAGAAAUGGCCCUCCAACAGGCCAGGUCCAAUAGAACCACACCCAUCCCUAAACCAAAGGAUGGCGUGGAUUCAGAAAAAGCACCUGCAUCUGAGAGAACUCUCAAGUCUCGUCUUCUGCUUCCCAGAACAGCAAAUGGAAUUAACCCAGAUCAGGCAUCUCGGCCUGUUGCGGAUGAAAAACCAUUAUCUGGGAGUAGCACUAGUUGGGGGAUCCCAUCUAUUUUUGGUGGCUCUGACAAUCGCACGUCUUCCAAGGAUAACGUAGCAAUCAAGGCAUUCAGUGAACCUGUUCAAUUCAUUGAGCAUAGUGUCUCUUUGAUUCAAUUGAGAGAGCCUCCAGCUAUCUUAAGGCCUUCCGAAACCCAUUCAGAUCAGGAGACUGUUGAAAUAAUAGUCACAAAGCUACUGUUGAGGUCAUACUAUGACAUUGUGAGAAAGAAUGUAGAAGAUUACAUUCCUAAAGCGAUUAUCCACUUCCUGGUAAACCACACAAAACGCGAGCUUCAUAAUGUUCUUAUAAAAAUGCUUUACAGGGACGAUCUGUUUGAAAAAAUGCUGCAAGAACCUGAUGAGGUGGCCGAGAAGAGGAAGAACACUAGUGAGAAGCUCAGUGUCCUUCAACAGGCUUUCAGGAUAUUGGAUAAAAUACCUCUUGAUGCGGAGACAGUUGAAAGAGGUUACAGUCUAAAAAACGAUCCAACUGGACUUCCAAAAGUACAAGGACUUCCUUCGUCAUCCUUAUAUUCAACAGAAUCUUACUCACCUUCGCGUAAGAGUUCCUCGAAGUCUCGUAAAUCAUCACACUCUGGUGAGAUGAACAACUACAGAGAUUAUAAUAAUGGAAACGGUUCGAUUCUAGACAGUUGAAAUGAACAUUUUAGGAAGAAGGAUGAAAAAAUCGAUUGUAUUUGCUUUGCACAGGUGAUACACUUAUAAACUCUCUGUUUUCCGACUCUUGAGAGUUUGUUUUAUAAGCUUGAAGAUAGCUUAUUAUAUUUUGUCUACUUGAUUAUUGAUCAAGUAUAGUAUUAUUAUUAUUAUUGUUUUAUUGUAACUCAUUUUUUUUUUUCCAAGGGAAAUAGCUUUAAUACAAUAAAUAAUAAGCUUUCACUA